UUGUGAAGCGGGCCUGAUGCUCCGGUGCUCUCCGCCACACUGCGGCUGGCUGGCGCUCUGACAAUGACUUGCAUGCUGAUUAUUGUGGAGAUCGACAAAGGAGACAAGGAAACGAGGAGAUGAACCGUUUCCUGAGAGCUGGGGAGAAUGGAGGGCUGCUGACAGACUGCAAGGAGCUGUCACCCAACCACACCGCCGCCUUCUCCUCCUCUUCCUCCUCCUCUGUCUCCAUCACCUCCUCCUCCUCCUCUUCCUUCAGUGCCGCUGGCUCAGCCGACAGACACGCGGCCCUGCCCUCGCUCCAGACCCGGACACCUGGCGGCGGCGGGUCGGAGCCGAGGAGAUCCGCGCUUAAGCGUACAGGAGUCGGCCGGGAGGGACGGGAGGAACCGGAGGCGGCUUCGGCGGAUCACUCAUCAGCGGCUGCUGUCGUGGUGCGAGGCGGCGGAGAAGCGUGCUUCGGGAUCGGCAAGCAGCAGCAGCAACAGCGUCGGGAGGCUCAAGGACGCAGCGUCGCUGAAGAAGGUCUGGAGAUGAUUUCAGCGGUCAGCAGAGAGGCGGACGGUGGCGGCGGGAACGGAGUCUCCGAAGUGACCGCUCCUUCUGCGUCAUGCGCCAAAGGCAAGGAGGAGAGAAAGGGGAAGAACAUGAUCCGGGGCUGGAAGAGGGAGCGAGACAGGGAGAGGGACGCCGCUGCUCCUCCUGCCCGAACGAGGAAGGAGAAGCCCGGUGGUGAUGGCUCGUCUCCUCCUCCUCCACCUCCUCCCUCCGUCUUCCUCCCGUCGUCCGCCCUGCCUGCUCCCGAGCAUCAUCUGUGCCGCGACGGCUCCGGACACUGCCUGUGCGCCGCUCCGGACUCCAGGCUCCCGGGAGAUAUCAGCAACGUAAACAAUAACAACAAUAGUAACGGUGCCGCCGCCGUCAGCACCGGGAAAACCGCGCUGGAGUGUGGAGUUAAAACCGGCGCUAUUGUUGUGAGACGGCAGCAGGACGACACGCCGGCCGCCAAGAAGCACAGAGGAGCCGAGAAGGUGGACCCCAUGUUCACGGUCCCAGCUCCCCCAGCUCCAGGCCACCCCGGGGCCCCUGGAUGCUCGCUGCCCUCGGCCCCCUCGUUUUCCCCUCCGGCCCUGCCCACCUCAAACCCUAAGCAGCUGGCGGUGAGGACGCGGUCCAUCGGCACCAACACCCAGGAUGGAGCUGCGUCAGGGGCGCUGGAGGGUGAUUCGGCCUGCUUGGGGCCCUGCCAACCUGGGACUAGCGUCAACCUGGAGGGUAUCGUUUGGCACGAGACAGAGGAAGGUGUGCUGGUGGUGAAUGUGACGUGGAGGAAGAGAACCUACGUGGGAACUCUGUUAGACUGCACCAAACACGACUGGGCUCCUCCAAGGUUUUGUGAAUCACCCUCCAGUGACCCUGAGUUACCAGGUGGUCGUGGCCGGGGAAAGCGUAUGCGAAUUGCCAUGGCCGAUCGACCCUGUGUAGAGCCGACCCCUGCUGCCAAAGUCCGUGGUCUGUCUCAGCACAGGAGCCGCGGAGGUGGUGUGGCCGGAACAGCUGCACCUAUCCACAGCAAAGGAAGAAGAGGCAGUCUUAACCUCAUCAACAGCAACUGCCGAGCACCUCCUUCUUUCUUCACUGUGGAGGAGGUGAAACCAGCCUCUCUCUCAUCUGGGAAGCGAAAGAACAAGCCACCAUCUGACUUGGAUCUCAGCCUGGUCUCCUCAGAUGACGUUAAAAAUGGCAAUGGGAAGAGGAUUCGUGCAAAAUCCCGAAGCGCCCCGUCCACUCCACAGGGUAAAUCUGACCCAUCGUUUAUGGAUCCAGGAGGAGGCUGUGCUUCAUCACCACCACCACCCAUCCUCAUUGACUGCCCCCACCCAAACUGCACUAAGCGCUAUAAGCACAUCAAUGGCCUGCGCUACCACCAGACGCAUGCACACCUGGAGGUUGAGGAGCAGCGGAAGCCUGAACUGGAACCCAUGAAGGAUGGGGAGAGCGAAGAACGGCUAUCAGACUGCGAGGACAGCAUCAGCAACAUGACAUAUGACCUCUCAGAGACAAACAACAGCACUAAUACCAACAGCUCCUCAAAGAAAAAUGCUCCUCUGUAUAAGGUGACCACAGUGGGGUCACCUAAAAACAGACGACUUCUUCUCAGUACCGACCACAGCCCCACAGCCAACUCCAAAACCAGAAGAACCUCACUGCUAAAAGAUGGUCUAAUUGAUGACCUUAGCAAUCUGCCAAUCAUAUCUAACAUGACUGUGGUUCUGGAGAACUGCAUGGUCCCAGACAGGAACUCCUCAGUCGAGAUGCCCAAACUGGAAGCUGAAGGUUUGAUCGAGAAAAAGGGAAGUGCCUGUGAUAAGGGCAAGAAGGCCAACGGGAAGGUAGAGAAGCUGUCCAAGUCAAGGACCAACCGGCCAAUUGCUCCAGCCCCUGCUCCCCCUAAACUUAUCGCCAUACCCAACACAACAUAUCCAUCCAGCACAGCAGAUGCGGUUAACUCACAGCAGCCAUCUCCUAUCGCAGCUGUAGGCCUCACUAGUAAAAAUCUUCCUUUGAAACCCAUCAAACCAAAGUUAAGCAUUGUUGUAGAGCCAAGCUUGGUCAAAGCUACGCUGGUCAACUGCAAGGAGACCAGGAAAAAAGAAAAGCGGAGACUUAAAGACAAACAUAACAAAGAUGCAGUGAGAACACCUAAUGGAGACAGCAGUGGAAUAAAAAUGGAUGAUGGUGUUGGGUCUAAAAUUGGGGUGAAAGAGAAUUCUGGAAGCCUUCUAAAGGAACACCUCAGCAAGCAGGAUGUAAUGAAUGGACUCAGUGAGAGCCAAGAGAGCAGGAUGGCGAGUAUUCGUGCUGAGGCCGACAAGGUCUACACCUUUACUGACAAUGCCCCCAGUCCCUCUAUUGGUAGCUCAUCACGCCUUGAUGCAAGUGGUAGUUGCCUGGGUACAGCAGACAGCAGCAGCAAGAAUAACAGUCCCGCCUACUCUGACAUCUCAGAUGCUGCAGAUGAUGGGGGAUCUUCCGAAUGUCGGUCAGAUGGAAUCAGAUCCAAGUCUGGCUCCUCGACUUCUUCCGAGGUGAGCUCCAACAGCAACCAUAGUAACUCUGGUAAAACUCCACCCACAGCAUGCACCCCGUCAUCAAAAGACCCUCAGUCCCCGUACUACCACAGUUAUGAGCCCUACUACCUGUCAGGAUACAUGCAGUCAGAUAGGCAGAACAGCAGCAACAUGACUUUCCACAAAAGCUCAGCCCACGACUGCAAGGGGAAAGACAGAAAAGAAGAGAUGAAAGAGGAUGAUAAAAACUCCUCCCACGAGUUCUCUGAUUCCAAGAAAGGUGACGGACCACCUCAGUCUCAGCUACAGCUGGCUAUGAGUCAGACCCAGACAGCUUUGGCCCAGUCCCUAUAUUAUGGCCAGUAUUCAAGGGGACUGUACAUGGACCAAAAACUGUUAUUAUCUUCCAAAUGCUGUGACCAGACAUCCAGUGCCAAGCAGAGGGCACAGACUGUGAGAGACAGUGAGGAAGUUAAACAUAUGGUUGGGUGUUCAGGUGGUGGACCCAUGCUAGGUAAAGGUCCAGACGGUGCUAAAGGUUGCUGUGCCAAACCUGUCCUGUCCUAUGUAGAGAUGAGUGAGAGGGGAGAAAGGGGACAGAGCCUGGGCAUAAAGGCAGUGCACGGUGGCAUGGUGGACCAGCACCAGGUCUCAAUGAAAGACUGUGAUGACAUCAAGUCACCCUCCUCUUCCUCUUCUUCAUCACUCCACAACCCAAACAGUCAGACAGAUCUGGACUCAAAUGUUUCCUUUUCCAGUCCCUCAGACGGCCCCACCUGGGCUCACCGCCUCGCUCACAGCAAAUACUCAGAGCUACAGAGUCAGCAUGGGGAGGAGGCUGAGGAGGGCGAAUCAGACAGUGGAAAAGAAUGGGGAGCUACCAUGGAGCCUGCCGGAGCCAAGAUGACUUCAGGAGGAGGAGGUGGAGGAGAAAGAGGAGGAGUUGUGGGUGCAGAUGCUAAAAAAGCCAGGGUCCAUGCAUCGCACGAUCUCCCGCCUGCCAUCGACACGGAGGAUUCAGACAGGCUGGAAGGGCUGGAUGAUCAGGGCCAGGAGCCAAUGGGAGGGCUGUCUGAGGAGUCACAAAGUGCCCGGGCGGCAGUUUCUCCUCCAAUGACCCCUCAGCAGCCCUACAUUCAGUACCAGCACUCCUCCUAUCCACCCUACCUGGCAAUGUGCGAGAGCAGUGGGGGCUCCUACAGAGGGGUGUCCCCAACCCUGGUCCACAAUUACCCAGGUUUUCAUUAUCCUCUGUACGGUAAGACUGCAGGCAGGGAAGAGUCGGAGGUGACACCACCCGGCAGAGGAGGAGCGGUGAGCAGCAAGCAGAGCAGCGACUCAUCCUCAUCCUCAGCCAUGGAGCUGCUGCAGCAGCAGAGCCAUCAGUAUCACGGAAAAUCACCUGCUCCUGGUGAGAAGGGAUCCCCUGAGGGAGAGAGAGAGACGGAGAGAGAGAGGAACCAUGUGUCAUUCGCCCGACACCUCCACACACACCAUCACACACACCUGGGUAUGAGCUACAAUCUGAUGUCAGGACAGUACGACAUCUACCAAGGGUUGAGCUCCAGGUCGCUGGUCUCCAGUCAGCAGGUGUCAGGGCACUCCUCAACUGACAGCGAAGGGAAGAAGUAGGACCAUGUGACCACGUCUCACAUGAGGAAUGGCAGAUUUAUCAGACAUCAAUUCCAUGGUGUUGAAUAAGCUUCGCCUCGCUGAGAGGCAGAGAA